AUGAAAAUCACGUUUUCUUUGUGGACAAUGAUGCGACAAGCAAGCAUCUCCUCUGUGGUGUUCCUAUCUUGCACUGUCAUGCUGGUAAGUACUUUUAAAAGUGUUUUAUACGUGUGCUUUUACCACUCUCCAUUCAAAUGAAUGUCUUUACAUCAUCAGGUUCUACAUGCUUCACCAUAAGCUCUUUAAAAAUUAUACAAUGACAUCCUUAAUAUUUAAAUUGAGAAAUUGCAAGUGAAUAUUGUGGUCACAUUCAUUUCAAAUUAUGAAUAUUAAAUUGUCCAUCUAUUAACUGAAAUAAUGAGACAGGGAUCUUUGAACUAAUUCAUAAUUGAGUCAAUUUCAUUUCCAUAAAAACAUUAGAAUUGAGGGCUUGUUUGAUGCUUUUGAGCUUGAUGAUCUAGUCUGGGUCGCUCCAAGCUGAUGUGUAACAAUCAUGCUUUGAAAGGUAGAAGAAGAAAUGUGUCCUAACAAGAUUAGAACAGGGUGCCGGGUUGAAUGAAAGCAUUGUUCUAAAUCAAAUUCCUUUGUACAAUCACAGUUUAAUUAUUAGGAUAUUAGGGUACACAAUCAGAGAAUUUGGACAGGAAUUUCUGCUCAGUGUUAGCUGAUAUUUGAUCUGCAUACUGUAUAUUAAUCUAUCUGAAAUACCGGUAAGAGUUUUUGAUUGUGGAUAACCAAGAGGACUUUAGAUCUUUGGGUAACCUUAUUCUAGGUAUCCACUUGAUUCCACAAUUUUUUCUCCUCCGGAUAUUUACUCAAGCAUUGCACAAGCCCUCGUCUGUGGGGGCUUCCAGCACCAAAGGGAUGCCCUUCCUCAGUGCCCUGCAGUGCCCCCCCCCCCCCCCCCCCCCCCCCCCCCACACACACACUAACUUUCAAUCCUCUCGCUGUGUUUCCCAGGUGCAGGGUGGAUGCCCGCCGCAGUGCUCGUGCCCCUCCUCACCGCCCUCAUGCCCACCGGGCGUCAGCUGGGUGACAGACUCCUGCGGCUGCUGUAAGGUGUGCGCUAGGCAGUACAACCAGGACUGCAGCCCAAGCCAGCCCUGUGACCACAUCAAGGGCCUGCACUGCCACCUAGGGUCUGGAGGAGACCCGGAGACAGGACUGUGUCGAGGUAAGGGCAUGGACAUCGAAAUGGCCUCGGGUUAAGGAGGGUGGGACUGGACAUACUUAUGCUAUGAUUGACAUUUCCUAUCCACCUUCUGAUUGGCACUGAUAAUAUUAUUGAUAAUGCUAACUCUAAUGAAUAUAAUGAUAUGUACAAAAACGACAAUGAUUGUACAAAAAUGAUCUUGCCUCUGUUGCAUUGCUCCUGUCCCAGCUGAGGCAAUGGGUCGUCCUUGUGAGCUGAACGGCCGGGUCUAUCAACACGGGGAGGACUUCCAGCCAAGCUGCCAGCACCAGUGCAGCUGCAUGGACGGCGUGGUCGGCUGCAUGCCCCUGUGCCCACACCAGGUGCCACUACCAGAUUGGCACUGCUCCCGGCCCCGGCUGGCCAGGCUGCCAGGCCGCUGCUGCGAGGAGUGGCUCUGUGACGAUGACAACCAUAUCGAGGAGGACUCCAGAGAGGUUGACCACUCUCCACCUCCUUCCCCACCCCAGCACCCUGAUCUUGCCAGCAACGAGCUGCUCAUGGCUCCCACCCCCUGGGACUCAAGUGCUGGAGCCUCGUAUCAAGGUACAUAAUGAUACUCUCUUUUUUGUUAUGAAAUAUACAUUUGUAAUGUUUUGUAUCAGCCAGAGGAGAAUGGUGUUCCUCAUAGCUCUAUGUUUGGCCCUCUCUUCUUACAGAGUGGAUCUCCUCCCCCCAGUCCCAUGCCUUACUUCCCGCAACCUGCUUCCUGCAAACCACUGAUUGGUCUCCUUGCUCAGCCACGUGUGGGAUGGGCGUGUCCAGCCGAGUAACCAGUAGCAACGCUGAGUGUCGGUUGGCCAGAGAGACACGACUGUGCCAGAUCCGGCAAUGUGAUCUUGCCCUCACCCCUUCUCUCAAGGUAAGGCAUGGACAAUGUGUGAAUCAACGGGCACACUUUUUCAAUGACAAGAAACAUAAUGGUCCAGGAUCAACAAAUGGGAAUUACACUACUAUAAAUUGACCACUAGACAGGUUAUGGAAUUUUACCAUGUGUAAUUCACAGAUAUCCACCUGUCAGGCAGUGGAGGCUGCUGAGGGGAGGACAGCUCAUAAUAAUGGCUGGAACGGAGCUAAUGGAAAAUAAACCAUGCGUUUGAUACCAUUCCACUAAUUCUGCUCCAGCCGUUACCAAGAGCCUGUCCUCCCCAAUUAAGGUGGGCCACCAACCUCCUGUGCGGUCAGGGUGUAUGUAUUUUGACCUGUGACCCCAUUCCUCUUACAGAAAGGGAAGAAGUGCCAACGCACAAUACGUCCUCGCAAACCUGUCCGGAUCAAGUUCACCGGCUGCUCUACGGCGCGCCAGUAUCGUCCUCGUUCCUGUGGCUUGUGUGCCGACGGCAGCUGCUGCACUCCUUCUCUGACGCGCACGGUGAACCUUCACUUCCGCUGCCCCGGAGGUAGGCAGGACUUUACCCGUAGCGUCAUGUGGAUCCAGCGUUGCCGCUGCAGCCAGAGCUGCCAAAGUCAAGGGCUUGCCUCCCCGGGCUCCCUCAGUCUGCCUAACGACAUCCAUACCUUCACCCACUGA